UUCCUUCUGCUGGGCACGAGUCUGUGUUUCUCUUAGCUCUACUAAGGAGCGGCGAGCGCUGGUGAGCCCGGCUAGCAGCACUUGGGAGCUCACAGGUGCUGGUUCCACACGGCGGCUGCCCGGCCGUGCCCUAAUUCUGGCAGGGCAGCCGGGAGCCAGCGCUCGCAGCCUGGGGCGCUCCGGGAGCCGCAGCGCCCGGCCGGCUGUGCGGGGGCUGCGGGGACAGAGCCGCGGAGCCUCUGUGCCCCGGAACCUCUGUGCCCCGGGCAGAACGACAUUUCCCGGCGGGCUGCGGAGCGAGACCGGGGCCGGAGGCUCGGGAGGCUCCGGGAGCGCGGUGCCCUCUCCGGGCCGGCAGGCAUCAUGCUGCUCGAGGUGUUCCUGGUCCUGGGGACACUCCUCAUCUACUUCUUAUUUUCCAAGAAGAAGGAAGAGAUGCUGCCCUUCAAAGAUGGCUGGUGGGGCAAGGGACAAAAGCCUGUGACUAAAGAAGACUCAAGUAUUAGGCCAUUUAAGGUGGAGACCACAGAGGAAGAGCUGAGUGAUUUAUUUAGGAGACUUGACCAGGCUCGAUUCACUGAGCCACUGGAGAACAGUUGCUUCCAUUAUGGAACUAACUCAGUGCAUCUCAGGAAGGUUGUGUCCUACUGGAAAAACCAGUUCAAUUGGAAGAAACAAGUUGAAGUCCUCAACAAGUACCCACAAUUCAAAACAAAGAUUCAAGGCAUUGAUAUCCAUUUUGUCCAUGUAAAGCCUCCUCGUUUGCCUGAAGGCCAGGCUGCAAAGCCACUAUUAAUGGUUCAUGGUUGGCCUGGCUCAUUUUACGAGUUUUACAAAAUUAUCCCUUUCCUGACGGAUCCUGCAAGCCACGGUCUCAGUGAUGAGCACAUUUUUGAAGUCAUUUGCCCAUCUAUCCCUGGUUAUGGUUUCUCAGAAGCACCCCACAAAAAAGACUUCAAUUCUGUGAGUGCUGCUUCUGUUUUUUAUGAACUGAUGCUCAGACUGGGAUUCAAUGAGUUCUACACCCAGGGUGGUGACUGUGGCUGGCUCAUCUGCACCAACCUGGCCCAGAUAGCUCCCAACCAUGUGAAAGGUCUCCAUUUAAAUAUGGUCUUAGUUUCGAAGCUGGGACUCACUCAGCUGCUCUCCGUCCUGCUGGGCCGGUACUUCCCAGGGCUCUUCGGAUUCCAGGAUGAAGAUGUCAGGAGGAUGUUCCCCUUCUUGAAAAAAGGGCUCUACAAGAUCCUGUCUGAGUUUGGCUACGCUCACAUACAGGCUACAAAGCCAGAUACUGUUGGCUGUGGUUUAAAUGACUCUCCUGUGGGACUGGCUGCAUACAUCUUGGAGAAGUUUUCUUCGUGGACUGAUAUGGAAUUCCAGAAUCUAGAGGAUGGAGGACUAGAGAGGAAGUUCAGCCUGGAUGAUCUGCUCACCAAUAUCAUGAUCUACUGGGUGUCAGGCUGCAUUGUCUCCUCCAUGCGUUUCUACAAAGAAAACUUGGAGAAGGGGAUAGGCACACAGAAGCAUGAAAAGCUCACAGUACAGGUACCCACUGGCAUUGCCUCCUUCCCUAAUGAAAUCCUGCACACACCUCAGGCUUGGGCCAAGAAGAAGUACACCAACAUCGUCUCCUUCCACUUCAUGCCUCGAGGUGGCCAUUUCGCAGCCUUCGAGGAACCUGAACUUCUUGCUAAAGAUAUUCUGCAAUUUGUUGACAAAGUAGAGAAAGAACAACUCUGGAAAAAGAAAGGGGAAUAACUUCCCUAAGAAACAGCAGGGUAAUUACUUUUAGCUUAGCACAUGUACAGGGCUUACUAAGUCUACUGUAAUUAGAUCUUACUGCUGACCAGAUGUGAGCAAGGACAGAAAGAAAAAUGCAGUGUAUCUCCAAAAUCCCAAUGGAUUUUGGGUUGGGCUUUUUUUUUUUUUUUUUUUUUUUUUGGUUCAGCUAGGCUAAGAAAGUAGCAUAAAGAGGAGUACUUGGGUAUCUUCUAAACCACUCUGUAGUAUUCUUGACUCUUUCUUUGAGAUUGAAAAAUAGACCUCACAACUACUAAUGUACCUAGUAACAGUUUAACUGUUAUGAAGGGCUUUUUUUUUCAUGGCAGCAGUAAAAUUUGAGAUGCUGUGAGUAUAAAGUUCCUUACAUAAAGAGUGGGGAGCAGCCUGGCAGGACCUAACUUGCAUGAGUGCAUGAAUCAGCAUUGAAUCUUUAAACUGCCUUCUGCUUGCUGCCUUUCUCUUCCAGCCUGGGCUGUAAAGCAGCUUCCUGGCUGUGAAGAAGCUGGACUGCCCUGUGCCAUGCUCCUGGGAUAUGUGAGGAGCAGCUGAAACACACAGGUGCCUGUAGCUCAGUCCAGGAGGAGGGGCUGGGUAGGAGUAACUACAGCCUCAGCUACCUCUGCACUGAAUUUGUACUCUUAAACCAUAGCCCUAGAUAGGCUCAACACACUGUUGCUUUGCACUGCUAUGGCAGGGUAUUGUAAAUACCUCUUGCUAAAGAAUAAAAACAUGGCUGAUUCAAAAGUAAAAGUGCAUUAAAUAUUUGAAUAAC